AUGAUGGAAUCUCUAAUGAACCUGAAACCUCCACUGAUCACUUUUUAUGCCUCAGCAUUUUCUGUGCUGCUCACACUUUAUUUUACGAUACAGCUAGUAUCGCAGCAUCUGUUUCAUUGGAAGAACCCUAAGGAACAAAAGGCAAUACUUAUCAUUGUUCUUAUGGCUCCAAUCUAUGCCAUUGUUUCCUUUAUCGGUUUGUAUUAUGUCAAAGGAGGUGAAAUCUUCUUCCUGUUUCUAGAAUCCAUCAAAGAAUGCUACGAAGCCCUCGUCAUUGCGAAGUUUUUGGCAUUGAUGUAUAGUUUCCUGAACAUAUCUAUCAGCAAAAACAUUGUGCCUGAUGGAAUCAAAGGAAGAGAGAUUCACCAUUCUUUCCCAAUGACUCUUUUCCAGCCUCAUGUAGUCCAUCUGGAUCAGCGCACUCUUAGACUUUUGAAAUACUGGACAUGGCAAUUUGUGGUUAUUCGACCCUUGUGCUCUCUUUUGAUGAUAGCUUUACAACUCAUCGGGUUCUAUCCUUCUUGGUUGAGCUGGACAUUCACUAUCGUUCUCAAUUGCUCGGUUUCUCUUGCGUUGUAUUCUCUUGUGGUUUUCUACCAUGUGUUUGCUAAAGAGCUUGCGCCUCAUAAUCCACUCGCAAAGUUCCUCUGCAUCAAAGGAAUCGUCUUCUUUUGCUUUUGGCAGGGAAUAGUAUUAGAGAUGCUGGUGGGUAUGGGAGUAAUCAAAUCUCACCAUUUCUGGUUAGAGGUAGAACAAAUCCAAGAAGCUAUUCAGAAUGUGUUGGUAUGUCUUGAGAUGGUUAUCUUUGCUGCGGUACAGAAGCAUGCUUAUCACGUUGGCCCUUACAGCGGCGAAACCAAGAAGAAACUCGAUAAAAAGACCAAAUGA